UUUGAAAAGAAGUCCAGAGUUUUUGAAAGCUUUUUAUGAUAUGAACACUGACAACGCUGAUGAAAUUUUCGCUACAAUAGAAAAAUUUGUAUGCGCUAUGUAUGGAUUCAAAUCAAUUGAUAAAGUGAACGACGGUCGGGUGGCAAUGUUCAUGAAAAUUUAUAAAUUCAGUGAAGAGGAAAAUAGAUUGCAAUUGCCCAAUAAAAAUUUUGAUGGUUCCCUUUUGCCGCCAUCACAAUCGGAACUAACUCAACACCUUCGUAGAACCAUCUUGAUCUCCAAUAUUUGGAAAAACGCCUUCAAAAAGGAGCCUCCAAAUUUGGAUCCACUCGAGUAUGGUUGGCAAUUUGAAGACGGAAAAUUUGUGUGCAAAUGGUUCGAGGGCGAUCAGCUACCGUCAUCAGUGGAAAUGAUCACACAAGAAGAUACAAAUGCUGAAGGCACUGAUGAGGCGGAUGAAGAUGAAUUAUCACAAGAGGAUGAAGACAGUGAUGUAUCUGAUAAUGACAGUGAUGAGGAAGAUGAUGAUUAAACUUUUUGGAAUUUUUUGUUUAA